AUGAUGGCUCAACGGCUUUUGCUGCACGCCGGGAGGCAAAGCAUGGCGGCGAUUGCUGCCAACAACGUUGCACGUGCAAGCCAAGGACUGCGAUUCUCCAGCACAGCGCCAGUAACCAUCGUCGAGGGAUCUUUUUGGAGGUCUCUUAUACCCAAGCCGAUGCGCAAGGCGAACCGCAACAAGCUGAAGGCAAAGGCGAAGAAGGAGUGGAACCCGGCCACCUAUUUCAUUGUCAUGUUUUUGUUCAUCGGGUCCAUGUCGAUUCAGAUGAUUGCGCUGCGGAAUCAGACAGAGCGGUACAUGCGACAGUCGGCACUACGAAUUGCCCAGCUUCGAGAAGUGGUCCAGCGCAUACAGAAUGGAGAGGACGUAGAUGUAGAAAAGCUCCUGGGAACCGGAGAUGCUCAGAAGGAAACAGAAUGGGAAGAAGUGUUGCAAGCUAUUGAGCGCGACGAGGCAUCCCGGAACCCCGAGAAGCCACCCAAGCAGAAGCAGACGGAACCUCAGGCGAAGAUGACGAGCCAACCCGAAAGCAGCGCUCAGCAGGUCCAACCCGAAGCUCCUGUGAAGACGAAGACGGCCAGUUUCGGAAACUUCUUCUGA